CGUUUCCGGUCGGCGCCACCAUAUUGGUGGAAGAACGGUGCGGAGGCGGCGAGUGAAACGUUUCCUGUUCGCAGAUCGUUAGGCAGCCGCUCGCACUGCCAUCCUCAUGGCCACCCGGUCGGAGCGAGAGAAGUCGCAGAAGCAGAAUGAGCAACACCAGGCCAUUUUGUCCAAGCUGCUGCGGGAGGAGGAUAACAAGUACUGCGCCGACUGCGAAGCCAAAGGUCCAAGAUGGGCUUCUUGGAAUCUUGGUGUUUUCAUUUGUAUCCGGUGUGCAGGGAUCCACCGUAAUCUUGGCGUUCAUAUAUCACGAGUAAAGUCUGUUAACUUGGAUCAAUGGACACCAGAACAAAUACAGUGUAUGCAAGAUAUGGGAAACACCAAGGCUCAACUUCUAUAUGAGGCAAACCUUCCUGAACACUUCCGGCGCCCUCAGACUGACCAAGCUGUAGAAUUUUUCAUCAGAGACAAAUAUGAGAAGAAGAAAUACAUAGAUAAAAAUAUAAACAAUGUUGUAACAAGCAGCUCUGUUGCUGUGCCUUUGCCAUCAUCUCCUUCUUUAUCAAAUGCUGCUGAGAAGAGCAAGCUAGAGAGAGAAAAAUACAAAAGGAAAGAUGAAAAGAAGGGGGGCAAAGAUCAAGAGAAACCUGCUGCUUUUGACAAAGUAAAAAUGUCCCCUCCCCAUUCCAUAGGGCUACCUCCAACUAUUCUCAACCUAACUGGAGAAGAACUUCCUGCUGAGAAGGAAAACACUGUUAAUGCAACUCCUAAGAAAAAUCAACUGGACACCAGAACAAGCCCUCAGAAGGUGACACAAUCCACCAUUGAUCUGUUAGGACUGGAUACACCUAUUGAAGCUCCUAUUGCUAAUGGCAGCACCACUUCAAAUACAACUUUGAAUGAUGACCUUGAUAUUUUUGGCCCCAUGGUUUCUAAUCCUCUUCCAGCAUCAGAUACACAGUUACACCAGCCCACUUCCACUAAACCAACAGGAGCAGCCUCAUCUGUAGCAGCAGGAGAUCUUGAUCUUUUCAUUGAACCAUCCACGAAAGCAGAAGACUGCAAGAAACCACUGUCCAAAGAUUCCAUUUUAUCAUUAUAUGGUACAGGAACAAUGCAGCAGCAACAGCAGCAACAACAAGGCACCCCAGCUGCUGUGUUUAUGGCACCUCCUCCAAUGCCGUUUGUUUCGCACUCUGCGACUAGCUAUCCUAAUUUCCCAAGCCUUGGAGCCCCCUUGACUGCUCCCACAGGCAUGAUGGGGAACAUGAUGGGACAGCCAGCAGGGAUGGUGGUUGGGAUUGGAAUGCCCAAUGGAUUCAUGGGUAAUGCCCAAGCUGGUGUCAUCAGAGCUCCAGAGAAUAUGGUGGGUCCUCAAGGAGGAGUGCUCGGAAACUCGUAUGGGGUACAACCAAGUCAACCACCACAGUGGAACCUCAAUCAGAUGAAUCAGCAAAUGGCAGGAAUGAAUAUAAGUUGCCCAGGUGGUAUGAUGAGCUUUGGCCAGCCUGCAAGCACAAUGGGAGGAUGGACAGGUAGUCCUGCAGGCCAGACCCUCAGCACUCAGCUUUGGAAAUGAAUGAUGCCCCACUUAAUGAUAAAUUCCGGAAUUGCAUUACAGACUUGUUAUUUGAUCUAUGUGAAAGAAAGCUCUGGUUUGACUGCUAAUAUUACCUAGUUGAUCUAGAUCAUUCCUGGCAGUCUUGUUCAGUCAAUCUACUGAAGUGAUUCCAUGGUUAAACUAUGGAAAAGCAGUUUCAGAACUUUUUCUCCCCCAUAUGUCUUUUUCUAAAAUCUGUCCACUGCAGGCUGUCUGAGCAGUGUGUAAUAACUUGUGAUGAUGUUAUUGCGUGACAUGUAGUUAGUACUUGUACAGCUAGGGAAAGGGGAAGUGAAAUUACCCUCUAAGAAUCCAGUUCCCUUUGGAAAAAAAUAAUCUGCAAAAGUCCCUGUAGAUGAAAUUGUAUGAGCCAAUGUAUGUUAAAUAACUAAAUGUGUGUGUGCAUUACAAAGCUGUUCUUGGAAUACCGACCAUCUUUUGUCUUGUCCCAGUCAUUAUUUUUGUUAUAAUGAGGUGGAGCAAUCAAAGUUAUGAAAAAAAUAAAUCUGGAUGAUAGAGUAAAUGAUUUAAACUUUUGGUUGGGUUUAGAUCCCGGGUAUUGGAAGCAACUCAGGUUUGAAGUCUUUUACUGCCAGAGAUCCCUAAACCAUGUUGAUUCAUUUGUUGUGCAGACAUGUUAUUUAUAUGCAUAAAUCACCUCACUCCCACAAGUGAAUAAUAUUCAUCUCUUUUUAAACAAAAGGUUACCAGUAGAUUCUGUUCAAAAUCAAAGCAGUGCUAAUAUUGAAGCACAGAUUUAAACUUCAAAUUGAUUUGAUAUGUUAAUGAGUUGCACAAUGCAGACACAUAGGUAAUGGAUACCCUAAAGUAUCCACUACAAAUCAAUUUUUAACAAAGCUUAAAUUCUCACCUGUAUAAAGCAUUGCUAGAUAUAUUUGUGUAGGAGGUUGCAAUAUUAUGAUAAAUUGCAAUGGUUGGCUCUGUCAAAAAUUGAGCAAUCUAUACAUGUCAGUGGUGUGCCGACCAGUAAUUUAUUUUAGGCAGUAGUCACAAACUGUUCACCAUAUAUAAUGCCUCCAAAUAUUGUGGCAUUUGUUCAAAUGAUGUAGAAAAUUUAUAAUGUAAUUCUAAAUUUAUUUUAAACUGUUUGAACCAAUUGACUGAAUGUGGGCUGAGGUUUUAAAAAGGCUAGUAAAAGGAAUAUGUUUACAGUGUUUUAUUCCUUGUUUUAUGAUCCCUUUUUCGGCACAGUAACCUAAAUGAGGGUCUUCAUGGACGUAAGCCUUAUGUGACAGAUAAUGAUGCGGCAACAAAUACUUCAGGGCAGAAAUUCUAUUUGAGCUCACCAGCCUGUAAUUUGAUGCUCAUCAUCUUUGGAAGGCAGAAGAUCCCAGGAUAAUGGGCACAGAUUUCAGAUUCUGGAGUGCCAUUUUUUUUAAAGUCCCAAUUUGCAAAUGAUUGAUAUAUAGUUUUUAAAACUAUUGAUGCUAUAUGAUAGUGUUUAAACAUCUAUUGCAAUAGGAAUGAUUUAUUUUGAAGCUGAGCAUUAUAGCUUUGUUAAAUAUUAACUGCUGCUUUGUAAUAGAUACUUAAAAUGAAGGGUUACCAAUUUAAAGCACCAAAGCACUUCUCAAGACAUUGAAUUUUCCCAGCGCUACAUCCAGGUUUAUUACUGCGGCUGUGUUUACAUUUUAUGGUGCCUAGUAUAACAAAUGUUAUUUACCUGUAUUAAAUCAAUUAAACCACUAUCUAUUGUG